GGGGGCACGGAUUAGCUCGGCUGCAGCAGACAUUGUACGAGCGAAGGGGAGACCUUUCCACCGGCGGUGCGCGAGAACGCACGGACCCCUGGCAACACGGACAGCCUCGCGCUUCCCUGCCCGUUAUAAUAUACAGGAAUGGUGAGGGUAGUUGGAGCCAGAGAGACGCAGACGUGGACAGACCGAUUGGGAAUCACGAACCAUCCCGUCAGACAGCAGCUGGAGAGAUUGAACCACACAACCCACGGUGCUUUCAAUAGGACCCUUCUCUCCAAUUAAGAACCUUCUUCCUGCUCGACCUACACCUGUGUUCUCCCAUUUGGUUGUGCUGCAGGCCUGUGCUGAGUGUACGUGCUGAGUUGGGAUUCUUACAACCUCAAUGGGCUGCAACACACUCUGAAACACUGGAGGGAUAUCGUAGAAGCUGAAUGAGGUUCUUCUUGCUGUCCUGGAGACUCGCUCUCAGAGGGAAAUGAUUCCGCAUGAAUUGCAUGGACCGCUCUCCCACAGCAGGUGUGACAUCCUUUGCUUACGACUGAAAUCUGUGUCCAUCCAACCCUAGGAACAGGACACAUCCCCUUCCACCACCACUCUCCUCUCAAUACCCUGACCCCAGUCUCACCGUGAGUCUGUCAGUGGGAGGGAACAGAGACAAAGAGAGAGGAAAAGAGCAAAAGAGAUAAAGGGAGAAGAAACAUCCAGAAAGAGUGGUACAGGUUUCAGAGAAACAAUGAAGUCGAACCAGGAGCGGAGCAAUGAAUGCCUGCCCCCAAAAAAACGUGAGAUCCUAGCAAGCACUCUGUCCUCAGAGGAGAGGCCCAUGGUUAUGGCACCUGCCAAUGAAAGCCAGCAUGCAGGGAACCUGGCCUGGCUUGCCAGUGUGGCAAGCGGGCAUGAAAGAGGGCGGCAACACACCAGCACCUCUGCAGAACCUGAUGGACCUCAAUACAAACCACUGUCUGCCCCAUUUGAGAGAGCAACUCCAUCAUCCACGCACUCAACCAGAGCUCCAACUGCAGUGACCACCCUACCUGCAGUGUACACUUCACCCCACUCUCAGCCCGCUGGCACCAUCCAGUACACAUCCCUGUCCCCCAAUGUACACUUCAUCAGCUCUCCAUACCCUUCACCAUACGCUGGCUACAUAUCUCAGCUAGUACCCCCUUCUACUGCAUCCUCCACCACACAGCGUGUGGCUUAUGCAAGUACCUCCAGUUCCCCAGCAUCUAAAAUUGACCAGCAUUAUCAGUUGGGCCGUCCACCAGGCCUGGUCACAUCGAACAGCACCUCUUUGCCCCACUCCACCCAGUACAUUCAAAUUGCAAGUUCUCCUCUAAGCACAUCGCCGCGGACUGCACAAUCACCCCAUGCUCACAUGCCCCUGCAUUUACACCCUCACCACACGCUGCCCAUCAGUGGCACCUCGCAGGUCCUAGUUCAGUACCCAGAUGGACUUUUCCCCAAGAGGGAGGAGACCAGGCCCAGGGAGGUUUUGAAUGGAGAGCUGGAGAAAGACAAGCGCUUUGGUCCACCUCCAGAGUCUAGUGCAGGUAAACAAGGCAGCACUACCAAAGGGGCCUCCUCUUCUCAGCAGUACCACAUCCACCAACAGCAGAGCCCACAUCACUAUGAGGCUCGGCAUGUGGUUCUCCCUGGUGAAUAUACACAGGACUGCACAGCCAUGCGGUCCUCAUUGGUACUGUUACCCAACAGUUAUAGCUCCAGUGGUGUUAAUCCUAGAGGUACACCAGACAAGCUGCCUCCCCCAACUUCCCACACUGAAAAAGGAGGGAUUUGUUCAGGCAAGCCUAUGUCCCGCACUACUUCCACCUCUACAUCCCAUCAUUUUUCUCAUCACCCUGUGGACAAUCUGAAGGGGGCAGUUACCACAUUAUCACCCCAUGCAGUCAUCCAGACUAUGCACAACACCACAGAGUCUCUCUCAUUAGGUCUCCCCUCUGCCAACUUCUACACCACUCAAACACCCAUCAUUGGUUACAUCGCUGACACAGGGCACCAGCAGCCUCUCAGCUACCACACCAGCCUACCCCAGCACCUGGUCAUCCCUGGUACUCAGUCUGUCAUUAUCCCAGUGACUGGAACAGAAGCUACUGCUACAUCAGCCACACCACCCUUGUCUGGGACACUGCCCCAUGCAUUUGUCACCUCAACUGCCACCAAAAUGGAACAUUUUGAGACUUCUGCCCCAUACUCUGUGGUUCAAGGCCAGCUGCACCUGCCUGUGGUUUCAGCCCCUGCUGGCCUGCUGACAACUCCACCUCUACCCUCUGCCCCCUCGUUACCCCCUUACUUCACCAAGGGCUCCAUCAUCCAGCUUGCAGAUGGGGAGCUGAAGCGGGUGGAGGACCUGAAGACAGAGGAUUUCAUUCAGAGCGCUGAGAUUAGCAAUGAGCUGAAGAUCGACUCCAGCACUGUUGAGCGCAUUGACAGCAUUCAUGCAUCUAACUUUGCCAUUAUACAGUUUGCUGUAGGAGAACAUCGUUCACAGGUCAGCGUGGAGGUGCUAGUAGAGUAUCCGUUCUUUGUGUUCGGUCAGGGCUGGUCAUCCUGCUGUCCGGAGCAGACAACCCAGUUGCUAGAGUUGCCAUGCACAAAGCUUUCGGUAGGCGAUGUCUGCAUCUCCCUUACCCUGAAGAACCUAAGGAAUGGCUCCAUCAAGAAGAGCCAGGGGCAAGUCUUGGAUGCACCAACCCUUGGUCCGCCCCUUAAGCCUCCCAAAGCACACUUGCAUGGAGCUCGGGGGGGUGUUCGGCACACAGAACAGGAAAACGGACUUGGGCAGUAUGCAGAACAAGGAGGUGGAGGCAAUCAGGGAAAUAGAGAGAAUGGAGAACUGAAGUUUGGGGAGAGGGACAUCUACAAAGCCCCACCGCCCUCUGAGUCAGAGUCCAUCAGCAAACCCACAGGCCGCAAAAGGAGGUGGUCAGCCCCUGAGGGCCGCAAAGUAGAAAAUCCAGAAGGAGAGCCUCCUUUAACAUUUCCUAAGCCCUCUUUCAUCCCUCAGGAGGUUAAAAUUAGUAUCGAAGGCAGAUCAAAUAUUAACAAGUGAAUGCCCACUGGACUGUCAGCUUUUGAAAGCAAAAUUCUAAAUAAAUUUGCCCUUAGAAUGUUUAUUAUUAUUCUUAUUUUUGAUUAGAUAUUUAGUUUUCUAUCCAGAUUAUUGGAUCUUAUGUCUAAAUUUACUCAGUUUGUAUUACUUCACAUGUUGUAAUAACAAUGUAAUGGAUUUAAUUUUACACAGGCAAUUGGUGCAAAUCAUUUGAUUGGUCAAAAUCUGGGCUGAUGUAGUGCAAGGUAAGAAGGUUGUGGGACACCUGAGCACUGCAUGAUAUUUUGAAGACUUUAUACAGUCGAUCAUAACUAACAAGGCUAAGACUUCUCUCUAGUCUCUUACCUAUGACAUUAUUUGGCCCGGACAAACCUAGUCCAGCUGCACCUUGUGGAAAUUUUAUAUUUUCAGAGUAAGCUUGACAUUACUCAUGGUGGCAGAACGGAAAUCGCUCCUUCACUGGAUGCAGGAGUUUACAUGAUGUCAGCCAUCCUGUUUAGGCAAUCUAAUAUUUAACUGUGACUAUAGAAGACUAUCAAAAUCACAAACAAUGUUGAGCGAUGUCAUUAAUGCAGUUAGAUCAGCAUAGAUUGUUUUAACCUUCAUUUAAAUUCAAGAAGAGGUUUCCAAAUACUAUGGUACAGGCCAAUAGGGAUGAUGUCAUCAAGCAGUGCCAGUUGAUCCUUAGGAAGAUCUUAUAAAACUCAUCUUAAACAGGGAAGAUGUAUGAGUCUAUUUUUAUAUAUCCAACUGUCUAAACUUUUAUUUGACUAUUUUUGUAGUUUUGCAUGAUUUAAUUUUCCAUCUCACUUUUCAAACCCUUCUAUCAUACCUGAUGGGUAGAUCUUUUAUUUUAUUUUAUGUAAACCUUGCAAUCAGGGGUAAUUUUUCACGUAGACACAGGAUGGGUUCUUGUCUAUGUAUGUAUGCGUGUAUGUGUCUUGAUGCAUACAAACACAAUGGGUUGACUUCAGAUGAGGAAAUUGACCAGUCCCUUAGACCUUAGAUCUCACUGGUUUUGUUGUUUUAAUUUUUAUUUUUAAUUUUUUAUUUUUUCACCCCUUUUCUCCCCAAUUUGGAAUGGCCAAUUCCCAAUGCACUGUAAAUCCUCGUGGUGGUGUAUUGACUCACCUCAUUACGGGUGGCGCAGGACAAAUCUCAGUUGCCUCCGUGUCUGAGACCGUCAAUCCACUUUAUAGUGACCACGAGGAGGUUUCCCAUGUGACUCCCUAGCAAAGCGAGAGUGCACGUUGUCUGAGAAGACAUACAAGUGAUUGUUCUGAAGCACUUAACACACCUGUCAUGCUCACUAGCUGAUAUUUGUUUUAAUCAACAGAGUCAAAUUAUUAUGAUGAUAAUGAUUAGUGUAAUAUUAAUUACUAAUAUUAUUAUUAUUUUUGCUACUACUAUUGUCUGUUGAUCUCUAAACAUGAACAUAGUACUGUAUGCUGUAUACCCUGCUGAAAAAAAACAGCUUAAACCUGCCUAAACUGAUCAAACUAGAGGGCUUUUGGGCACUUUUUAGCUCAGCAAGGCUGGUAGACCAGCUAAGACCAGCAAAUCAGUUUAUGCAGGUUUAAGAUGUUUUUUGGCAGGGUAAUGAAAUGGAUGUUGUGUGGCACUCUUUUGUGUCUUCUGUUGUGUGAGAAGAUGCUAGCUCACAAGGGUCACUUGUUUUGUGAAGGGAUGAAUGUAACAAGUGAUAAAAGAGAAAAAAAGUAGAUGUUGUCCCUGAGAGGGCUGCUUUAAUUUAAGCACUUUCCCAUUUAUCUGAUUGGAUCAACCUAACGCCUUGAGUAAAGACUGGCACAAAGAGGGCGGGGCCUGUAAAACAGCUGCCAUUUGAAUAAUUUAAAGCAAAAAAAGAUGAAUGAAAGUGUAAAUGCAGGUGGAAAAAAAGUACAGAGAUUGUUCAAAUAUGUAUAUACAUAUGUAUAAGAGAGAUAUGAGAGUGAGAACGUAAAAGUGUAAGUGUGAAGCUCUGACUACAGAAAUCGUUUUAAGGGUGUCAUAUACAUACAGUAUGUGUGUUAGCAAUGUAUGUGGGCACUUAUGCAUGCAAGUUUGAUUGUAUGCAUUAACGUGCACUUGCAUAUAUACUUACACGUACGCGGUUACGGUAAUUUUCGAUCAUGUUGAAAUAUGUCAUGUAUUUUUUUGUACAUUAACAUGUAUAGAACUGCAUAUGCUAAAUCUAUCUUAAUGGAUGAGAGUGCAAGGCUACAUGAGCAUGUUUUUAGUCCCGUCCCCCAAGACACUGACUCAUCGAACGUAUGUGAAAGCCGUCAUGUAGUAAUUUCAGUGAUUUGUUGUAUAGGUAUUUGUGUAUGUUAGAGAAAUAGCAUGUGUGAGUGUGUGUGCGCCUGUUGUGUGUGUGUGUGUGUGUGUGUGUGUGUGUGUGUGUGUGUGUGUGUGUGUGUGUGUAAUACCACACAUAUUAUAAAUAGAUAUUUAAGUUCUACUUAAAAGAAUAUUGCAAUUUGCACAUCUGGAGAGAUAGUAACAUGAUUUUUAUUUUGUUUUCAGUCAGCACAGGACAGGGCUGAUAAACAGAUUUUCUGAAAUGUAGCAGUUUCUUAACAAGUUUGCCUGGCUCACAGGUCUGAUGGCUAUGGCCCUAAACUCCUCCUAAGCCCCUUUUUAAGCUCCCACAAGGGGGUUGAAUCCCACACUAAAACAUGAACACAAAAUUGUCCGUUGUUUGUUUUGUAGGGGUGUAACAUGUCAUCCCUGCUGCAAAAACCAGCUUAGACCACCAUCAAUUUCCAAUUCAGGCUGGCUUAUACUGGUUUGGUGCUGGCCUAGUUGGUGGACCCACAUAGCCAUGAUGUACCCAAGCAAAUCAGCUUCCCAUUCUAGAAACCAGCAUCCUAAAACAAUGAACAUUGGUGACCUGUAGCCUGCAUGCUUGUUGAGUCUUUGGUUGGUCACGCUCAACUUAGCUUGAGCUGGUGAAGAUCUGGCAGGAAGAUGGUGAAAAUAGAUAGUGGUAGUUAAUAAAGAAGGGAUGAAUGGAUGGAUGGGUAAACAGAUAUGAGUGGUGGUGGUGGGUGUGUGGGUAAGUGCACCCCAUAUACAAUUUGAAAAUGCUUUAUUUUUUUAUAAUAAAACAGGGUUUGUCAGAUCAACACCACAACCGUGCGUUAUUUUCUUUUCUUUUUUUCAUUUGACAUGACAUCUUUUCCCUUGAUGCCUGUGGGUGCAAUUCUGCAUCCUACUUGGAUUGUAUAUAUGUAUGUUUGUUUGUAUCUGCAUCAACCAGUCAAACUUGAUUUUUGUUAAACACUUUUGGGCCAAAAGGUAGAAAUAAGAUGUGAUAUUGUUUGUCUAUUGAUGUGCGUACAGUGAACCACCCCAAGAACAUGACCAUCAAUGAAAAACCAGUCUUGCAUUAAUUUUGUCAUCUUUUGCUAUGCCGUUCACCUCUAUUUUCCUUCUCCUCUUGUAUUUUUCAUUGUUUUAGACAUCACUCAUACAGUACAAGUGUAUCACUUCAUUCAUUUUACUAUCUGCCUCUUUCUGGUUGCACAGUGCGUUUCCAUGUACACACGAGAAGCAUUCCGAACAAUGGCAAGUAGCAAUAACCCUUAGUCUUCAGUGCUGAAAGACAGUGCCAAAAAAAGACAGAACCGGACUUCAAUGCAAGAGCUCAGUCAUUGACCUUCUGUUAACCUCAGCGACCUGUUUUUAUUUGCGGUUUGUACUGUAGGCCCUCGGAACUUCAGGGAGAAAUGAAUAUGCAGUGACAGAGUCUGUCCCCUCCUAGCCAUCUUAACCCCUAGUUGAACAGUGACCUCCAGAUCCUCUUCAGGUGCCCAUACAGAACCAGUAUGCCUCUCACGGAGUAUGUUUACCCUGCUGCAACCGUUAGCUACCUUCUGUUGCCUGGCAUGUACGUGCAACUGCGUUCACUUUCGCCCCACCCAGCACAUCUGCUCGGUCUGAUCUCUUUCUCUAUCUGUCGCUGUCUCAUCAUAGCCAUAGAACCCUGAUGGUAUUUGUGACAGAGUUUCCUGUUGCCUAGCCCUAGGUUGUCAAAAUUGUGUUUUAAGAGAAAACGGUGACUGUAGCCUCACUCAAUUAUGUGUAAUACUCACCCAGGGUACCUAUUACGUCUGCGAUAUAUUAGUUUACUCGGAUCACAAAGGGAGCAAGUUGGUAUGUUCUGUUCUCCAUGAUUACAAAUUGAUUAAAUUACUGAUCAGUCUUGACUUUCAAACAGUGUUUUUUCAAAUCAUUAAAGGAAUGAUCAGGGUUCAGUAUAAAUUAAGCUCAAUUGAUAGCAUUUGUGGCAUAAUGUUGAUUACCACAAAUAAAAUAUUUCAACCCGUCUCUCAUUUAUAUCUAAAAAAGAGCUAACAUCACGGGGUAUGGUUAGGCACUUACAAUGUAAGUGAAUGAGCCAAGUAUAUAAAUGUUUAAAUACACAUUGUUUAAAAAGUAUAGCCUCAAGGCGUAAACAUUAUUUGUGUCAACAUGAUUUUAGUGUGAUAAAAUUGCUUAAUUGUGUUAAAAAGUUAAAGUUAAAUUACAAUAUUACACAUUUUUUGGACAUAACAUUGGUAAACUCUGUAAGCGAUUUUAUCAAUUAAAUUCAUGUUAUGUUUAUGUUCUGUGGCUAUACUUUUGAAACGGUGUGUUUUAAUGUUCAUGGACUGGCAACGUUCAUUUCCAUUUUAAGUGCCUUACUGUAAUCAUGAUUUUUGCUCUGUUUUUUUAUUGAGAGAUGAGCUGAAAUUAUUUUCUGUGGUAAUCAACAUUAUGCCACAAAUGCUGUUGAUUGAGCUUAACUUGUAUCGAAUCUGGAGCAUUCCUUUAAUACCACUUUAGAUUCUCAUCAAAACAUGCAAUUAGUCAUUCAGAAGUAAUCAGAUUGCCUAAUACACGUAAUCUAAAAGAUUAAGUAAAUUAUUAUAUUUGUGUAAUCAGUGCCAGAUUACAUUAAAGAAGUAAUCUAACCCAAUACUGUCUGUACUAUUGUAAUGUCAGGUGUGUUAUCUGUUUGCAUAUGGACUAUUUUCCAUUGAAAUAUUGAGAUAUGAAUACUAAUUAUGGAUGCAUUAAAGAUGUCGGUAACUCUUUACAAUAAGGUUCCAUUCGUUAACAUUAGUUAAUGCAUUAGGUAUAAUGAAAUAACAAAUGCACAUAUUGUUUUACAGCAUUUGUUAAUCUAUGUAAUUUAAAAAAUAUAUAUAUACAAUUGUUUAUUGUUUGUUCACGUUAGUUCAUAGUGCAUUUACUAAUGUUAACAUAUUCAACUUUUGAUUUUAAAAGUGUAUUACUAUAUGUAGAAAUGAACAUUAAUCAAGAAUGAUAGUUGCUGUUAAAAUAAUUUUCUUUGUUAGUUUGUGUUAACUAAUGUAGUUAAUAAAUGGUACCUUAUUGUAAAAGUGAUACCAAUAUGUCUGACAUUGUCUGACCUGAUUGAAUGAAUCUAUACAGAUGUUCUGUUCCUUCAAGUUUGAUGGUCAUCACAAACUAAGAGAAUAAAAGAUGUACAAGGUAGCUGGCGGUUUAUUGUACUAAUGCAUCUAUCUCAUAUAAAACUACAGUAAAACUCCAUUAAUAACUAAACAAAAACUAUUUUUAAUCGUAUUCUUAGUUUAAAACGUCUGUGGGUUUUGUGUUUUUCACUACAUGCUAUUAGUGAUUAAAUGGGACGAUUGUUGUAUUUUCACAUUGUAGUGAACCCCUGAUCUAUAAUUUUUGUUCAUUUCUGCCUUUUUUUUUUUCAGUAUAUUUCAUUUUCUUUGGCAGAGGGUUUAGUUUGACAUCACUGCACUAUGAUAACAUAAUUUGCAUUUCUGUUAAGGUCAAAACAAUAUUUCCUUGGACUUACUCAGGGAUGGGAAAUAAGUGUGAAUGUGUGUGUACUGAUUGAGUGGGGUGUUUAGGGUAAAUACCCUUGAAAGGUUUAAGUACAUGUAAAUACAUAUGUGUGUGUUGCAGUCAUUUCAUUGGCCCUGUGCUUUGGUUUCCCCACUCUGUCUCUACACUAUAUGAGGCCUUCCAAAACACUCUGUGUGUCUCUGUGUAAACCGUCUGUAUCAGUCUGUUUGUCUGCCUGUUCACAAGCCCAGAUUCUCACACAUGCAAGAAAACGACUGACAUAUGUAUCAUCAACCUCAUCAAAGUGGGGACCACUUUUAUAGAAACAAACGAAAACUAAAUGCACAUGUUUGUCAUUUAUAGAAUAGAUAGACUUGAUUAUACUGUUUCAGCACUUUCUAAUCCCAAGGAAAACCUAUAGAGUUGAGGAAUUAAUGUGUCAUCAUACUUUCUCCCUUCUGUCUAUACUCGUUCCUGGGUCCAACGGGUUUUGACGAAGAGGGUUGAGAAUUGAAAUUAAGUUUGGAUGGUCCUCAAUGAACCUGAGAUGAUUUUACUUUUGUUGUACUGAUGUGUACAAAAACCAUUGUUUUGAAUUGCUUUGUUUUUAUUUUCAUGUUGGAUCUAUAUUUGACCUUGCUUCAUGUAUUAGGACUUUGUUCUUUUGCUUUGGUCUCCUCUGUAGCACUAUUCUAUCGUGGUAGGAGACGAGAGAAGUGUUUUAAUGAAUGUUUUUAAGAGUUGGAGUGGCUCUGUGACGGCUCUCUCAUAAGAGGAGUACCGCUGAAAAUGUCCUUUUUUUCUGGCACAAAUUACAAAAAAGAAGAAUAUUUCUGUGAGUUUCAGUUGUUUGAAAAAUACAUCAAAGUUUCCUUUCUUUUUUGUGGCUCUUGUUUAAAAAAAAUCCUUUUAUUGUUUUGUGUUAUUUUUCUGCCUUUUUCUUUUCUUUUUUGUCCUUUACUAGUUGAAAAUCAGUCAGGUGUCAAUCAAGCCUCUGUUCAACUUGACUGUUGUUUGACAUCUUGUCAAUUGUCCAAACCGCUGGAUUUUAAACCUCAGGCUGAGAAACUUCAACAGGCCCACAUUAUGACUCAUUUUAACCCUAAAUGAUGUAUGGGCUGCUUGAUAUGUGUAUUGUAAUUAGUCUUAUUAUGAUUAUAAAUAUUGUUACUUCGUUACUUUGACAAUUCAGCUAUAUCAGUGCUGAAUAGUUAAACUGUGCACACUCCUUAUGAAAGGAGGCAUGCCCAGCCCUGGUCUUACUUGUGGUUUUGUUGAGCUGGUAAACUGGCAAACACUUCCUCAGAGUGUGGUACAUUCUGUAUUCCUUCACCUUAACCCAACCCUGCCUCACCUGGCCAGCCCUAAAGCAGCCUGUCUGACCGGAAUACAGGAAAAAAAGUCUAAUAAAUAACCUUUCUCUGAUGAAUAUUGAGGGAUAUUUGUCGCUGUUGGGUCGCACUGGACACUCAGCCCUGGUUAACCACUGAGAACUAAAUGCCAAGGACUUAACUCACCAUCAAAGGCCGGAAACCAACUUGUGUACAGAUGCUGUUCAUCUCACGUACCCGAUGUCACCCUUAUGCAUAUCAAUGUGUGUAUUUAUCCCUUAGAAUUUGUACAACUACACUCUCAAGAUAAACUUUAACAUAUCGUCAAGGUCAUUUUUGUAAUUUUGAAAUUGUUGCCAGUGAAUGCUUAAUAAGAUGUCUCUGUAAAAUUGUACUUAAAAAUGACCUUUUAAAUUUAACAUCAGUCAUUUUCAAGAAUGUUUUGUGUUACAUUCUGAAAGAAGGGUGUAGGCAACACAUUCAAAGCUGUGGCCAGAUAGAUAACAUUUAGGAGCUCCCCCUAAUGAGACAGCAAUGAAAUAACGCUUCAGGUAGAGCUUCUAAAAAGGGUCACAAGCUCCAAACCACCAUUAAAGAAAUAGGGAGCCCAUUCCCUAACCCUUUUCCUAAUCUUAACAAUAAGUGGAAGUGACGGCACUUUUGGUGUAACAACACCCCCUCUGACGUAACCCGUCCUCUCUGGAGAUCCCGCCCACAUUUGGAGGUCUCCGGCCUGCAGCUAUACCUACUUGGGUGAAUGGCAAAAGCGUGGUAAUUAUGUGCGUGUAUGUCGAACCACCUCUCUUUUUUCCCUCUUUAUCCUUUUGAGGUUGCAAUGUUAAGAUUGUCAUCUAGGAAGCCAUUGGUCAUUCAUUGCUCAGAAAGUAGUGUGUUCUAGCAGGAAUCCCAGGUGUUGCAGGUCUUGUCAUAAAGAGAUUUUAAGUCUUCCAUUGGAAGAGAAAUUGAAGAAGCUGUUUCUAGUUUCUUUUUUCACUUGCUAUUGGGCAAAAAGAUCCACAAAAAUAGAACCACUGGAUUCUAUUCUAGUUGUUCUAGUCGGUGAUGGAUCACCUGGGUGAAACCCGCUUAAGAGAUUUGGGAGAGGCAGUAGUGUUUUGCACCUUACUUAGUAAAGAAUAUAUAUAUAUAUAUAUAUAUAUAUAUAUAUAUAUAUAUAUAUAUAUAUAUAUAUAUAUAUAUAUAUUAAUCUAAGAAAAUAAAAUUAUAAAGCCCUAGGUUGGAAAUAUUUUUUUUUCUCUCUCUCAUUUUGGUUAAUUUUAUUUCCAUAUGCGUGCAUAUUCUGUAAGUUGUGUAAAAUAUUGUACUUGCACUAGCUUUUUUAAAAAAGAAAACUAAUAUAAAAAAUGUAAUUGAAAUUCUAUUUUCUAAUUAUGGUGUGUCUAUUUGUAGGAUACACUCACGUUGUUUCUUGGAUUUCUUUUUUGGUCCCUUUCUUUGAUGGUGCUUGCCGGUUUUCUAGUUAGAACGUAUUUCAUUAUUCUGAACAAAUCAAUAUUUGAUUCAGGUUGUGAACAAAUUUGUUUAAAAAUACAUUUUCUGUAUACCAGUACAAGUUUAUUGUUGCAGUAUACACGUACUAAUAAAAAUUACAGUGCCA